AUGGUCACCCUCACCGAUGAGCAACGAGAACAAAUUCAAAUUCUCGAAUCCUUUCUCGAACAAGGGUUGAUGGAUCCAGAAGAUUUCGAGGAAGAAAAGAAGAAAAUUCUCAGUGGUGGAUCCAUUGCCGAUGAAGACGAAGAAGACUCUCCACUGGUGGUCAGUGGUGGUGCCUCUUCUUCUUCUUCCAACAAACCAUUUGAUCAUUCUCAACAACCUUCCUCUCAGAGCAAACCAACGAGUAGUACUUCAGUGAACACCACUUCAACAACAACAAACACUUCCACACAACGUAAACACGUGAUUCAUUCAAGUUCAGACGAUGACGAACCUGUCAUUAAAUCUACUCAAGUCAAGAGAAAUGUUGUGAAAACAUCCACUGUUCCAUCCAGUUCAACAACAACAAAACCAAACAUCACCACAAGUGUUUCAAAAACAAGAACGAAUCCAUCUUCUCGUGAUUCUGCUGUGGAUUAUGCUGAGAGUGGUGAUGAUGCAGUGGUGAGUGAUGACAAUAAUCACUACUCUUCCGAUGAUCGUGAUUCAUUCAUGAAACAUUUGGGUGGAGUGACAGGUCGAAAAAUUUUACAAAAUUCUACCGAAGAUGAAGAGAGUGAUGAUCAACAACAAUCAAUUCUUCUUUCAAAGAAUAGAAAUAAUGGAAUGUCGACAAAUAGUGUGAAAAAGAAUGCACAAUCCUCUCAGAAUUCUAAAAAUGGAUAUCAGUUGAAAUUGACUUCUCAAGAACGAGAGUUAUUAACUGCUGAACAAAUUCAACAAUUGGAAAAGAUGGCUCAUUUGGUUGAUACUGAAAUUUUAUCAGAAGAUGAAUUGUUGACAAAGAAGGAUCAUUUAUUGAGACAACAACAACGUAAAAUUGAAGAAGAAGAAAGAAAAAGCAAACAAGAAAAAUCAAAAACCACUUCUACGACUGCAAAAAAGUCACCACGAGUCAAUUUAAGUGUUGAGGAUCAAUUGAAGAAACUUGAAGAUUUAUUUGAUGCUGGAAUUUUAACAGAAGAAGAAUAUCGUGCAAAGAGAAGACAAUUAUUACCUGAAGAGAGUUCGGAUGAGAAUGAUGAAGAAGACGAAGACGACGAAGAAGACGACGACGAAGACGAUGGAAAGGGAUUAAAGUUGAAAUUAACUCCUCUUCAACGUGAUCAAUUAAGCAAAUUGGAUUCUCUUCUCGAAAUGGGUAUUUUGGAUCAUGAUGAAUACGAAGAAAAGAAGAGACAAGUGAUGGGAUUGAAGAAUGAAAAGACACCUUCUAAAAUCAUUACAAAGAAACAAGAGGCCAAUAAGGAAUUUGGUGACGUGAUUGAAAUGGUUGUUUUUAUAACAAAUAUUAGAGCCACUCCUGAGAAACCAUUCAAAUUGAUUUAUGAAGGAGAUCAAAUCAUGUAUCAAAGAGAAGAGGACUCUGGUGCUGGAAAGACAAUCAUUGUGAGAGGUGAAGUUCCAAAAAAGCCAAAAGAAGACACCAUUGUUACAUUGUGUGUCGAUAUGCCUCAAAUUAAUAUUCACACUCAACAGAAUUUCAAUCUUUCAGAACAUGGUCGAUUCAUUCAAAUUCAAAUUACUCAAGAGGGUAAUAGAAAUAAUAUUAGAAUCAAGCAACAACAUGAUGAUUCAUUUGACACAGAACAACAAUUGGGUGACAAAAAUGAUGAGAUGAGUAGAAUUUAUGUUCACUAUUCUGCAAUUCCUGCAAGUGAAGAAAAACCAUUCAAAUUAUGGAUUGGUGACAUGCUCGCCCAUCAACUCACAGAACCAAUGACGAAAAGCCAAAGUGGUGUUCUGAGAGGAGCUAUUCCAAAAAUUAAGAGAUGCAAUCCUUCUACUGAGUCUCAUCACGAUGUGAAGCUCAAGGUUCACAUUCCAAUGAUUGAUCCUGAAGAAAAAGUUUAUAUUGUCAACUUGACUGACAAUGGUGAUCAUGUUGGUAUUUUCUUGGAUGGUUCAAAAAUAACACUCAGACAAGAGAAAGAUAAGGUUGAUUCUGAUAGCCCAAUAUUGGAACCUGUAAAAUCAUCUAAAAAGUAA